AUGCGCCGAGCCCCCGCCUGCCACCCGCCGCAGCCCGUCCUCGCCGCCAGCCCCAAGCCCACCGCCGACCACCAGUGCGCCUGCUACUCCACCGACGCGUCCGCCGACGAAAACAAGUCCAAGGGGCUCUUCGGGAAAUCCAAAAAGAAAAAGUCGAAAAAGAAGGACAAAGCGCUCAAAACGCAGUUCGUCUACUACGCCCAGACCACGACGGGCCCGUUCAACGACUACCUGGGGGCCGUCGCGGACGAGUCGCCGACGCGGGAGCGCGAGGCGAUCAGCCGCACGUACCUGACGGAGAUGAUCCGCAAGCAGUACGCGCCGGCGCCGGUGCCGCGCGAGCUGUCGCUCGGGGACCGCUCGAGCCAGUUCUCGUCGCCCGUGUGCCGCGACGCCGACAGCCGCCCGGCCGCGCCCGACUCCGACCUGUGCUCGUGCUGCCGCGGCGCCUGCCACAACAUCGACCGCCACGUGGCCACCCAUCGCUACACCGAUGUCCUCAACACCUACCCCGCGUGUUCCGUGAACAACGCCGGCUUCUACGACUCGAGCCUCUACGACAUGGUCCCCGUUCGGGAGAAACCCGCGAGUGCGAGUCCCCGUUACGAUUACGAAAUCCCCAAAAACAAGGUAGCCAAAAUAAACGCGAGAUAUCGCCCGGAGAAGAUAACUCAGAAGACUCGAUUCCAACCUUUAGUUAUCAAUCACUACGCCCGAGUUGCACCCGUUGCCGGCUGUCCGAAAAGGACGCCGAUGGCUAUUUACAGUAAGAUGGAAAAGAAAGCACGCCGGGUGCCUCCCAAAAGAAACGAACUGAAAGUCGACAGGCUGAGACAGACCGAAACGUCUAAUAGCUGUUGCAUAGACUGCGGCGACGUUUACAUGAAACGCUUAAACGCUGGCAAUAUAAUACAAGAACCGAUAAAGCCUGACAAACCAGCGAGUUGUAAAAAUGCUGAAUGUCUAACGAAUAUUCUGAACGACACCGAAUGUCAGACCACAACCACCCAGAGCGUGCAAAUAGAUCAAGCCCUCCUGGAGGAGAAGAAAACUGAACAGACGUUGAAUCAAAUUAAGAGCAUCUUACAAUCUGUACUUACGGAAGUGAAGACCAACACGCAACUUAAAAAGACGUCCGAAAUCAAAGACAAGUCAACUAAAGAUGCCGUCGUCCAAAAAGGGUCGUCCCAAGGGAAUGUCCCGGGAUGUUCCAGUCUCCUUCACAGCUUUACUUAUAGUCCAUACAAUAUGAACCCCUACGUCGCAUCGUGCUCGCGUCAAAUGACUUCGGGACCUUGCUGCUAUCCGAACUUCCCCUGUCCGUCGGCCAAAUGCAUGCAAAACUUUCCCGUAUUUAUACAGACGCCUGGACGCCACAUGUGCGCGGGUUGCUACCGAAACAGCUCGCACGUCCCCAAGAUACCGAAACCAAAACCCGCUGCCACCGCCGCCACUAACACCGACUCGAAGGAGCGAAGCAAAGAGACCGAGAAACUUAUAAAAGAGAUUUACAAAUCCAUGGCGGUCAACAUGGACUUCCCCGCCAAAGACACGUCAGCCAGCGAAUACAACGACCUGAAGUCGACGCCUCGCGUCUCCGUCAACAAAUCGCUGUAUCGACCUAGCGUUCUGGACGAGGGCAUGAGGAAGUUCAUGAAAACCAAUGGCUCCAGGAAUCUGCAAAAGUCUGCGACGCCUAUUACCACGAUGAAUAGCAGGCUGAUGUCCAACACGCUGAGCAUGCGGUCUCAGAUCGUGAGCACGACGGACACGGAGCGUCGCUUGAGGAACAGCCGCAUUGAAAACUACUUGGAGAAUAUCGAUGCUCACGAAAACAGGCAGAACAAGAUAGAGGAAGAAAGGGAGUAUGAGGAGCAGAGCCCGGAGACCACCGCCAGCGACGACGAGGCUUCGUACUCCGAAGCCAGUGUCCAUGACACUUACGUGCAGGCGGCAGAACCUGUGAAGAAACCAGACAAGAAGGGAUUGUUCAGCAAAAUGUUCAAGUCGGUAAAGCUAUUUAAUGGUAAAUCUAAGAAGAAGGUAGAAGAACAGGUCCAAGUGAGUCCAACAGAUGACGUGGAAGAUGAAUCUGAUGGUAAUUCCGACGACUACCAGACAAUAUACAGCCAGCGAGUGGAAAGGAGGCCGCGCUACGUGCCUCACGUGGUCCGAAGUCCCUACAGGUUGAAGGCUCACUCGAAGAUAUCGUACUCCAGGCAUAUGAGAGACCGCAAUCAGGAGCGCAAAAGACCAUACAUGGAACAGGAGUACAGAAGACAUUGGAACGAGAAGCUGAUGUUCCACGAGAAUCGGCACAGGUACUCAUCUGAUAGUCCAUACUCUAGGGACACUCCGAGACAUACGAGGAACCCAGCUUACUGGCAAAACUAUGAAGCCAGAAGUGCUUUAGUGCACAACACCCAAAUGAUUACUCCUAGGGCUCCUGAGCCUAAUGUUCGAACACCAAUUACUAGAGAGGAUAUACUUAGAUCAGUGAACGAUGCGAGUAUUAAUAUCCCUAAAGCCAAUGCGGCGACGAAAGGGCUAGCGUGGCUUAAGAGACACAAACUAGGCAUUCGUUGUGGCGACCAGUGGAAGAAAUUCAUUUUGGAAAGUUGAUGUAGUUUCGUUAGUGAUAUCCGUGACCAGUUUCGUUGAUUUAAAUUUUUUGCUUGUGAAGAUGAGAAAUAAAAUUGUUAGUAAUUAA